CUUCCGCCUGCAGCACGGCGGGUUGUUGACAGCAGUCCGGUUUCACGCUGCUUCACUAGUUUCGUUUAGCUGUAAGGCAGAAAUGGCUUCCUCGAACACAUUCAGACUCAGGUGUUCAAUCCCGGGCCACGAGAUGGACGUGCGGGGCGUGGCGGCCGCUGCGUUCCCGGCGGGAGCGCUGGUGUCGGCGUCCCGGGACCGCACCGGGAGAGUGUGGGCUCCCGGCUCCAGCCCGGGUGAAGGCUUCACUGAGGUGCAUUGUAUGGCUGGCCACUCAAAUUUUGUAUCUUGUAUAUGCGUCAUUGCACCGAGUGACACAUAUCCCCGGGGACUGAUUGCUACGGGUGGGAAUGAUAAAAACAUUUGUGUGUUCACGCUGGACCGCCCUCAGCCCUUGUACACCCUCCAGGGUCACAAAGAUACAGUUUGUGCUCUGUCCUCUGGGAAGUUUGGGACCCUUCUGAGUGGAUCCUGGGACACCACGGCCAAAGUAUGGCUCAACGAGAAGUGCAUGAUAAGUUUGGAGGGCCACACGGCAGCAGUGUGGGCAGUAAUUAUCUUACCCGAGCAAGGCCUUAUGCUUUCUGGAUCAGCUGAUAAAACCAUAAAACUCUGGAAAGCUGGUCGGUGCGAGAAGACAUUUACUGGUCAUGAGGACUGUGUAAGAGGACUAGCUGUGAUCAGCAGUACUGAGUUCUUCUCUUGCAGCAACGAUGCAAGUAUCAGAAGGUGGCUGCUGACAGGCGAAUGUGUACAGGUUUAUUACAGUCACACCAACUACAUCUACAGUAUAGCCGUCUUCCCCAACAGCCAAGAUUUUGUUAGUACGGGAGAGGACAGGACUGUGCGGAUAUGGAGGAAGGGCGAGUGCUGCCAGACCAUCCGUUUGCCUUCCCAGUCAGUCUGGUGCUGCUGUAUUCUGCCUAAUGGUGACAUAGCUGUUGGUGCCAGCGACGGGAUUAUUCGAGUUUUCACGGAAGCUCCGGACCGAGUGGCAAAUGCACAAGAGCUGCAGGCCUUUGAGGAGGAGCUCUCCAAAGCCACCAUCGAUCCAAAGACUGGGGACCUGGGAGACAUUAAAGUGGAGGACUUGCCCGGAAGGGAACACCUUGAUGAGCCUGGCAAUCGUGAUGGACAGACGCGGUUAAUCAAAGAUGGAGAAAAGGUGGAGGCGUAUCAGUGGAGCGUUAGCGAUGACCGCUGGAUGAAGAUUGGUGAUGUCGUUGGAGGCUCAAACCAACAGAGCUCCAAGAGUGUGAUGUAUGAAGGAAAGGAGUACGACUAUGUCUUCACCAUCGACGUGAACGAGGGCGGGCCAUCCAUGAAACUGCCUUACAACGUGGCAGAGGACCCCUGGCUCACAGCACACAACUUCCUGCAGAAGAACGACCUCAGUCCCAUGUUCCUUGACCAGGUUGCCAAUUUUAUCAUUGAGAACACCAAAGGACACGUGGUGGGUCCAGCCCAGCUGGCCACUGGAGACCCAUUCACUGGAGGAGCUCGAUAUAUCCCUGGUUCCUCUGAUGAUCAGUCAAACUUUGGCGCAGAUCCUUUCACAGGCACUGGUCGCUACAUCCCUGGGUCAGGCCCAAACCCAACUCCUCCUGUAGGUGUGGCAGAUCCGUUCACAGGUGGAGGUGCCUACUCCUCACAAGCCUUGAAACAGACAUCAGCAAAUAUCUUCUUCCCGAAGACUGAUGGAGUGACAUUCGAGCAAGCCAAUACCUCCCAGAUCAUCGCCAAGUUGAAAGAGCUUAAUGGAGGUGCCCCACAGGAGCACAAACUCUCUGAAGAAACUGUGGAAAACCUUGAGGGGCUUUUGUUGUAUGUGUGUGGGGAAAAUACUUCUGACGUUCCUCUGACCAUCCAGCAAAUCGGCCUCCUCUGGAAGGCUUCCCAUUGGCCUGAAGAUAUUGUGUUCCCUGUCCUGGAUGUUAUGAGGCUGGCGGUGCGCCACCCACAGGUUAAUGAGACCCUCUGUGGAGAGGCAGAGGGAGUCCAGCUGUGCAACCACCUGCUGAGCCUAAUGAGGCCCGAGGGGCGUCCUGCCAACCAGAUGCUGGCUCUGCGGACUCUGUGUAACUGCUUUACUGGCAGCCACGGCAGAGCUCUGCUCAUGGCGCAGCGUGAAAUGGUGCUAGCACGUGCUGCCGACCUGGCUACGCUCUGCAAUAAGAACAUCCACAUUGCCUUGGCCACGUUGAUUCUCAACUACGCUGGCUGCCUGCACCGCCAGGCUGAUCUCGAGGGCAAGGCUCAGUGCCUAUCGGUGGCCAGUAGAGCUCUGGAGACAGUACAAGACAAGGAGGCUAUAUUUAGGCUGCUGGUGGCCUUGGGAACCACUGUGUCCUCUGACCAGACAGCCCAGGACUUGGCACGCUCUCUGGGUGUCAACUCUCAGAUUUCCAAAUACUCAUCGGUGUCUGACCCGUCAAAGGUUGGCGAGUGUUGCAAGCUGGUUUUAAAAGAAAUGCACUGAUGUAAAUGAUUAGUGGUGGAAAAACUGCUUCUUUCUAUUACUCUGUUCUGCUUGAUUAGUUGUGAUGGAGGAUAAACUAUUGAAAUUGUAUGAUGUUCAAUUAAAAAAAUUACAAAUAAAA